CUCUCCCAAGCGCUUAACCUGUUUCCUCUGCCUGCGGUGCUUUUCUCCCAGCUCUUCCCGAGCUGCCUCUUUCACAUCCUUCAGGUCUUAGCUCAAAUGUCACCUCUCAGAGAGGCCCUCCCUGACCUCCAUGGCGAAAAUAACUUCUCGUUCCCAAUUCCCUUUUAUUCUUUAUGGCAUUUGUUUUCUUCUUGGCCUUUAUUACUAUUUGUAACGAUUUUACUAAUUUGCUGCUUUGCUUAGUAUCUGCUUCCUUAACUAAACUGAAAGCUCCAUGAGGGCAGGGACUAUGUGUGUUUUGUUCCCUGCCCUGUCCCCAGCACCUCAGGCAGUGUCUCCCAGGAAGAGUAUUCAAUAAAUGUCCAAUGAUGGAAUCAAUGAAUUUAACGACGAGUCUUUGGUCGCACAGCCAAGGGAACAGAUUGAACCCUGCCUCUUAUGCAGGGAUUUAGGGACAGUGCCACUGCACGAUCCUCAGGCCAGCCAUGUGACUGCCUCUCUCCCCUGCGGGCAGCGGCCGAGCAGCUUCGGCAGAAGGAUCUGAGGAUUUCCCAGCUGCAAGCCGAUCUCCGACGCCCACCCCCUGCCCCUGCCCAGCCCCCUGAACCUGAGGCCCUGCCUACUAUCUAUGUUGUUACCCCCACCUAUGCCAGGCUGGUACAGAAGGCAGAGUUGGUACGGCUGUCCCAGACACUGAGCCUGGUGCCCCGGCUGCAUUGGCUGCUGGUAGAGGACGCUGAGGGCCCUACCCCGCUGGUCUCCGGGCUGCUGGCCGCCUCUGGCCUCCUCUUCACACACCUCGUGGUCCUCACACCCAAGGCCCAGCGGCUUCGGGAGGGUGAGCCAGGCUGGGUUCGGCCUCGUGGUGUAGAGCAACGGAACAAGGCUCUGGACUGGCUCCGGGGCAGAGGGGGUGCUGUGGCAGGGAAGAAGGACCCACCACCACCAGGGACCCAGGCAGUUGUGUACUUUGCCGACGAUGACAACACCUACAGCCGGGAGCUCUUUGAGGAGAUGCGCUGGACCCAUGGUGUCUCAGUGUGGCCUGUGGGGCUGGUGGGCGGCCUGCGAUUCGAGGGCCCUCAGGUACAGGAUGGCCGGGUUGUGGGCUUCCACACAGCAUGGGAGCCCAACCGGCCCUUCCCCGUGGACAUGGCGGGAUUUGCUGUUGCCCUGCCCUUGCUGUUGGCUAAGCCCAGUGCCCAGUUCGAUGCUACUGCUCCCCGGGGCCACCUGGAGAGCAGUCUCUUGAGCCACCUUGUGGAUCCCAAGGACCUGGAGCCACGGGCUGCCAACUGCACUCGGGUACUGGUGUGGCAUACACGGACAGAAAAGCCCAAGAUGAAGCAGGAGGAGCAGCUGCAGCGUCAGGGUCAGGGCUCAGACCCAGCUGUUGAGGUGUGAUGGCAGCCCCACCCCGACUACCACCUCACUUCAGGCACAGACCUUGUGGGACUGGGCCCCAGGCCUGCCUAGGAUGUGGUUUUCCAAGUCCUGACCCCUCAGAGCCCGAAGUGGCCCCCUGCUCCUCCAGGUCCAGGGCAUGGCCCUGCUGCUUCUCCCUUCCCCCAGCCUGUCAUGUGGCAAUGCCCACAGGCUGGGGACAAGCAGCCCUUGUAUUGAGCCGGGUUGGCCCUGUCUGUGGUGGAGCAGAAGGACAGACAGACUCAGGAGGGAGGGCGGCUAAGGAACUGGGUAACUUAUUGGGGCUGGGCAUGCACUGGGGGGCUGGAGGAGCUGGGCUGGACCCUCCCCACCUGAGCAUGCUGACCCCCCCUCCUACCUUCAGAAUAAAGAAUUUCAACCUGGA